AUGCCAUCGUCCGUCGUCUCGCACAACACGUCGUUCUUCGAGCGGAUGUCCACCACGGGGAGCAGCUCGCGGGAUGUCAAGGUCACCGUCCAGCUGCUCCACGAUGAAGAGACCGUCACCGCGGAGUUCAAGCGCUCGGAGCCGGCGCAGGCGAUCCUCGACUACGUGCUGGCCGAGAUGCACGUCAACGAGGGCGACUACUUUGGUCUGCGAUACCAGGACCGCAAUCAGAACCGGUACUGGGUCGACUUGUCGAAGCCGAUCUCGCACAUGGCCAAGCAGUUCAAGUUCCCGGAAACGCUGCUCCUCCGGCUACGCUUCCGCUUCUACCCCAACGACCCGCAUCUGCUGAAGGAGGAGAUUACGAGGUAUCAGCUCUUUUUACAACUUCAACGGGAUCUCCUGCACGGUCGCCUCUAUUGCCCGCAUGGAACGGCGGCGCCGCUGGCCGCCCUCAUUCUUCAAGCUGAACUCGGCGACUACUCGCCCGACAUCCACGGCGAACACUACGCCACGCAGUACAAGCUGCUGCUCAAGCAGACGCCGAAGAUUGAGGAGAAGAUCGAGGAGUUGCAUAAGGAGAUGAAAGGCAAGUUGACGACGGCGCAGGCCGAGCUCGAGUUUCUGGAGCGGGCGGCGGCGUUGGACACCUACGGAUUCGACCCCUACACCGUCAAGGAGGCCAGAGACCCGACGCAAGCCGUUUAUCUCGGCGUCACCCACCGCGGCAUUCUGAUGUACAAGGGAACGACGAAGGUGCACUCCAUCCCGUGGAGCCAAUUCGACAAGGCCGACUACAUUGGCCAUGAGGUCCGAAUUGCGCCCACCGACGACUACCAGCCGCCCAGCGCCAUCCCCGACAUGGAACGCCCGGAUUUUGACAAGGAAAAUGAGCCCUCCUCCAGCGUCAAGAAAAAGACGAAAACCAUCAAGCUCGAGUGCCCGAGCAGCACCUACGCGAAGCACCUCUGGACGCACAUCCUCUCCCAGCACGCCUUCUUCAACGAGCAGACUGCGGCCGCCGUCAAGCCCAAGCACAGCAAGUCUCGUUUCCCGCUGUUCGGCCGAGGCUCGACGUUCCGUUUCUCGUCAAAGCGCGUCCUUCACGAGAUUGAGGCGGCGCCGACGAUUGUUGAGGAGGAGCCAUUACAAGAGUCAGCCUUCUUCCGGCACACACUCCCCCGACAAGCCCCCAGGGCCGAAGCGCCCUGGCUCAGCAAAACGACUCAUGUGGCUUCGUUGAAUAAGAGCUUCUCGUUGAACGGAACCCUGCCGCGUGUGCCCGAAGAGGACAAGAAGAGCACAAAAUCCGGCCACCAGGGCAGCUUGCUCGAUGAAAUGGCGCAGAUGAUUCUGCAGCACUCUGAGGUGGCCACACACGCCGUGCAAACCGAGCCGGAAGAAGAGGCGACAGUGCGGAAAACGCUGGAAUCUGUGAAAAAGGACCUCUCCCCCACCAUCAACCUGAACAACAACAACAACAUUGUCGACAAGCCCCCGAUCGUCGAGGUGGUCACCACGGUGCGCAAGGACCCGGUGUACGCCCAAAAUAAGGCGCAAAUCACGGUGCGCAUGGUGAAGUAUGAGCCGCUCACUAACACACCGCCGCCACCCGAAGAGAUGGGCCAGCCGUUGAUGACCAGCACGCCGACGUCGGCCGCCGAGGAGACGCUCCGACAGCGGAAACUCGCCAAUGGCGGCAGUUUUGAGAAGGCGCUGAAUGGGAUAGCGAAAACGAACGGCACCCUGACGACGAGCAGCCUGAACACGUCGGCGACGGCGCGCAACAAGACGCUGACCCUGAAGAACACGGUGUUCAUCGGACUGCUGCUGCUCCUCGCCAUCGCCCUCUUCUUCGUCGUCUUCUUUGAGAUCCAGCGUUCCCGGGAAGCGGAGAAGCACUGGCUGCCAACCACCUGGGACGAGGAACGCAUCGAACUUCUGACGCGGCUGCGGCUCAACUACUACGAGCCGAUGCGGGGCACGCUCGGCCGCCUCUACGCCCGUCUCCCAUUCUCCCGGUCGAAA